UUUCCUUUUUUGUUUUUGUUUUUGUUGGUGGCUUUUGUCUUUAAAAGUCCAGAAACCUCGUCGUCAUCCAAAAAGAUCCGUAGUUCCCCUAAAUCCGCUUUCAAAAAUCUCUGUUCCCACCUCCUACACUCACCACCUACUAAAAAAGGGUUAGGGUUUGUGCUCUGAAAGUACAAAGAAAGGGGGAAAAAGAUGCAGCAGCCACAGCAAAUGAUCCCUGUGAUGCCUACUUCAUUUCCACCCACUAACAUCACCACCGAGCAAAUUCAGAAGUACCUUGACGAGAACAAAAAAUUGAUUCUGGCAAUAUUGGAUAAUCAAAACCUUGGAAAACUUGCUGAGUGUGCCCAGUACCAAGCUCAGCUUCAAAAGAAUCUGAUGUAUUUAGCAGCUAUUGCUGAUGCACAACCACAGGCACCAACGGUGCCUGCUCAGAUGGCCCCACAUCCUGCUAUGCAACAAGCAGGAUAUUACAUGCAACAUCCUCAGGCAGCAGCAAUGGCUCAGCAACAGGGUAUUUUCCCUCCAAAGAUGCCAUUGCAGUUCAAUAACCCGCACCAAAUGCAUGAUGCAGCACAGCAGCUACACCAGCAGCACCAACAAGCCAUGCAAGGGCAAAUGGGAAUGAGAGCUGGAGGGGCCAAUGGCAUGCCUUCCAUGCAUCAUACUGAAGCCACACUUGGUGGUGGUAGUGGUGGCCCAACUUCAGGUGGAGGGGGUCCAAACGAUGGGCGUGGAGGAAGCAAGCAAGACAACUCAGAGGCUGGGACAGGUGGUGAUGGCCAGGGGAGCUCAGCCGGCGGGCAUGGCAAUGGUGAUGGGGAAGAUGGAAAGUGACUUGGUCUUACGGAUGAUUCCACAUGGAAACAUGUGCCUGUUGAUAGUAGGUGUUUUCCUAAAGUAGCUGCUUUGCUCAGUGAUCUUUGACAGAUUGCAAACAGCAGCGAAAGUUCUCUGUAGUCUUUAAAGUGAUUAGGUAGGUGAGUUGUGUUGUAAGUUCCUUUGCAUGGAAUGGAUCCUGGCAUCAGAUGAAACAAGUGGUGAAAGAAAAGACAGACUUGGUUCUAAGGGCCCGUAGAGAUGGAAACAUGUGUUGUGUACUUGGAUGUCUGUCAAUUUGUAACUCAUAAAUGCAUGCAGCAUGCGCCACAAAUUCUGAUCCUAUUACAAGUUUUGCUGGUAGUUUGUUUUCCUGUUGGUAUGUGUAUGAACUCUACUUAGCAAUUUGUAACUCAUAGAUGGCCGUUGAAGGUUUUUUAUCGUCUCGCGGGUUUGUCAACUGGGCGUUCUCAUUUGCAAUGCUCAAAAGGAUCAAUUAGAAUGCAAUUUUCAAGUUUUA